CUGUCCGCAAAUGAUUACAAUAAUGUAUUAUCUUAUUCCUUUUCACUUUUCCCCUCGUUUUACAGAUAACAUCAACAUGCUCUCAAUAAACACAAAUUCAAAUAAAAAUGGAAUAAUUAAUCAACACUCUUCCUCACCAUUUUCUCCCACACUGAAGCGUAUAGUAAAAGCUGAGGAAGCUAAGGAAAAAAGAAAGGCAUUUAAACAGACUGGUGGGAAAUCUCGUUCCCUUGGCAAUUCCGAAACCUUAUCAACAACAAUUACAAAUUCUUCAAUGGCUUCUUCACCUUCUCGUUCUGCCGGAUUAAUGGGUCGAUCUGAAUCUGUCAGCAGACAUUCUAUUAAUUUAAAUAACGACAAAAAGAAUAUUUAUUUGACACCUAAAAGUAGUGGAAAUCCUUCUCCUUCACAUUUGGCUGUUCCUAAAAGUAGUGGACAACACAAUUUUGUUAAACGAAAAUUGUCUGAUUCGGCUAGUGAAGUGAGCGAUUCAAUGAAUAUGACCGGGAAGCGAAUUUCAAAUCAGGCGCAACAAAUUAUUCUUUCUUGCAUCGAAAAAUCACGUGUAGAUCCUUCCAGCCGAGUUUUAAAUCGAAUGGUUCACAACCGGGCAGAUUUUGCUACUUUUUGUGUUAAUCUUGGAGAGGAAAAUUGGACUAGACUAGCUGACCAAUUCAGAAAUUAUUUGACUGAUGUUUUGAGUAAUUUGGCUAAUACAGAAAAGAUAAGACGCCUCUCGAUGCAAUUUGGCGCUGAACAAGUCGCUCGACGCCCUUUUGGUUUUAAGGCUGAUUUCUUUGCGGAGAUGGCUAGCUCGUUAACCACUGAAUGUGUUUUUCUGGAUGGCGCUGCACAUUCUGUAAUUGUUUAA